AUGAAAGCGGACGCAGCCGAACAAAACGAUAUGGUGACAUAUUUAUGGAACUGUUUGACUUUACCCGAAGAGUGCGUCAUUGACCCUAGCGCUGAUCCUAAGCUGUUGUAUUGGGGUAUUGGAUUUCUUGGGCUAUAUCUCGCAUUCCUUUUGGUUAUCGGACCCAAUUCAAAUUACUUCUGGUCAUUAGAUAGCUAUCAACGUCAGAUUGAUCAUUAUGUGGCUAUGGUGCGAUCCAAAGUGAGGAGAGUACAAAUGGAUCAGAGGAAACUAAUGUCGCUUCAAGAAAGGUCAGAAAACCAAUUAAAGAGGAGUCAGCAGUGUAAUAAAGCGGUGGUCGAAUUAAGAGCAGCACUGAACAGAGACUUAUCGUCGUUUAAGAAUUUAACUAAAUACUUCUGGAAUGAUGGUACUCUUCAGCCAAACUCAGUAGGAACGUGGAAUGCAGAGAGACGCGAAGCUCUCGAAGAUGUAAGUGACUAG